AUGGUGGAUAGGGUGUACACAGACUUUUCCGUCACGGCGGCGACGUAUUUCUUGAAAUUCACUGGUGCUUAUUUCACGGAGAGUGACGCCGAUGAGAUAAGAAGGAAAAUUGGUUUGCUUCAUACUGGCUUAGUGAUUCUUUCUGGCGUUUAUGUGAACAGCGUGAAUGUUAAGCACUUUUGGGGCCAUGAUUUGAGUAUAUUCAUAGUAGGGACGGUCGCUGCAGCGUAUGUUUGCCCCGACACUUAUAUGAUCAUAUUUAACUUGCACAUGAUCUGCCACUUCCGUCUGCUACAGAAACAAAUACUAGAUUUCUGGCAACGCAAAAAGGAGGACAUAGACGACGACAUGACUUUAGCACGUUAUACUUUAAAUUUUAAGAAGUGUAUUGUUCGACACCAAUUACUUAUUACAUUCUGCGAGAAAAUGGAACGUGUGUUUUCUCUCACGAUUUUCAUGCAUUUUCUGGUCUUUAGUGCGUAUAUUGGUUUGGAUGGUUACGAAAUAUUAUUGCCAACCACUGCCCUCGAAAGACGCAUGACAAUCGUGUUCCUUGUGGGCGGCAGUUUCGGCCAUCUAGGUGUCUUAUCGUACAGUUGUGACUACAUAAUCGAAGAGAGCACAAAUAUUAUAACAACGAUAUACCGGGGCUCAUGGGCUACGAUGCCAAUGAAUCAAAUGGGUAGAAUACUGAGAUUGGACAUGAGAAUGGUUAUGAUGAAAGGAUUAAGGCCGUGCUGUUUGACCGCUGCUGGAUUCUUUCCUGUGUCUCUAGAGACCUUUACCAAGUUUUUACCAAAGGCUGCAUGUCACUCUUUGGGAGAUCAGAAGUCAAAGAGAACCAUGGCGAGAACCAUUGUGUAUAGAGUCUUUGGCCUCAGAGCGGCGACGUUUAUGUGGAAAAUUUCUGGCGUUUAUUUCCCGGAAAAGAAAACCGACGAGAUAAAAAGCAUACUUUCUUUGUUCGUACUUUCUUAUACAAGUUGUUACGGCUUUUAUGUGAACAGCGUGACUAUCAAGCACCUUUGGGGCAGUGAUAUGAGUUAUUGCUCAUUUUGCUUCUGCAAUUUCUUGAUGGUCUUUCUGGCACUAAGCAGGGUGGUGGUCUUACGGCUUCGCAGAUUUCACUUUAAAGAUCUAAUUGUAUUCUCGGAGCGAUAUAUUUGGAAUGAUGACUAUACUCCCGAAGAACAGGCGUACAUAGACAUAUAUCACAAGCUUUCUGGAUGGUGGGUUAUCUAUGGUGUCACUGUGACCACUAUAUGUAUAAUUGGUUACGGCGCUGUACCCCUCAUGGUGAAUUACAGAGAGGAGAAUCAAUCACAUAGGGAGUUGGUGUUCAAAAUGUGGGUCAGUUGGCCCGUAUAUGACACACCUUAUUACGAAUUGAUGUUUUGUUUCCAGAUAUUCGUCGUAAUUUGUACCAGUAUAGCAUACAUUACUCCGGACGCGUAUAUGAUCAUUUUUAACUUACACGUGAUCUGUCAAUUUCGUAUACUGCAAAAACGAAUAUUGGAUUUCUGGCAACCCAAAAGGGAAGACACUGAUGAGGACAUGACUUUACUACGAUAUACUGUAGCUCUGAAGAACUGUAUUCAGCGACACCAAUUAAUUAUUACAUUCUGCGAAAAAGUAGAACGCCUGUUUUCUCCCGUGAUUUUAACGCACUUCUUAGUUUUUAGCGCAUUUAUGGCUUUGGAUGGUUACGAAAUGUUACUGCCAACCACCAGUUUCGAACGCCGCGCGACUCUCUUCGCCCACGCAGUAGGCAGUUUUCUUCACGUAGCUGUCUUGUCGUACAGUUGUGACGGCAUAAUGGAAGAGAGCGCAAACGUUAUCCAAGCGAUAUAUCGGGGAUCGUGGGCUACGAUGCCAAUGAGUCAAAUGGGUAAAAUGCUGAGAUUGGACAUGAGAAUGGUUAUGAUGAAAGGAUUAAGACCGUGCUGUUUGACUGCUGGUGGAUUCUUUCCUGUAUCUUUAGAGACCUUUACCACGCUCGCAAGUUCUACGUUCUCAUAUUUUGCUCUGAUGAGGGAAUCGCUCGCCUAUGACAAUAGCGACUAG